UCUUUCCUCUUUCUCUUUCAACCGAAAGUUCCCGCUCCUUUUCGAACGGAAAAAAAAAACACCAAACCACACCCAAAAAAUCAAAAAGCUUCUUCAGCAAUCUUUGCACAACUCUUCUAAUUCUUCUUCUUCACAACCCUCACACUCUAUUCAAUUUCAUCUCCAAUGGAAGCUAACCCUAAUCACACCAAAACCUAACAAUGGAAUCUGAACGAAAACGAAGGUUCAGUCGCAGAAAUCCACUCUCCGAUUGCACCAACACAUCUCCUCCUUCUUUCUCUGUUCCCCUCAAAUCAACCAAACUCAAACCUUCUUCUUCGGCGUUCAAGAAAUCUUCCACCAAAUCCAGCUCUACUACCAAACUUGCUGCGAAUCUCGAUGCCGCAUCAAACCCUAGCUCUUUUGAACCGGCCUUUGUUUCAACGCCUUUGACCAAAUCAUCGUCAAUUCGUGGGAUUGUUGAUCGUGAGGCUUUUGCGCCUCUUUCAGUAGUCUAUGACCGAAGACAUUCUUCAAAUAAAAAAAAUGAUAAAGAGAAGGCAGUGGUUGUUCCUGCUAGAAGCGUUCCCAUCAAAAGGAAGGAUAGAGGGAAGGAAGUGGACAUUUCUACAAGUAGCACACCCAUGGAUAAAUUGAAGGAAGCGGUCAUUCCUUCAAGUAACGAGUCCAUUAAAAGGAGGGAUAAAGGGAAGGAAGUAGACAUUUCCACAAAGAGCACGCCCAUGGACAAAUGGAAGGAAGCUGUCAUUCCUUCAAGUAGCGCGUCCAUUAAAAGGUGGUAUAAAGGGAAGGAAGUGGACAUUCCUUCAAGUAGCACAUCCAUGGAUAUAUGGAAGGAAGCGGUCAUUCCUUCAAGUAGCGCGUCCAUUAUAAGGAAGGAUAAAGGGAAGGAAGUGGACAUUAAAAGGUGGUAUAAAGGGAAGGGAGUGGACGUUCCUUCGAGUAGCUCGUCCAUGGAUAAAUGGAAGGAAGCGGUCAUUCCUGCAAGUAGCUCAUCCAUCCCUGUAAGUAGCAUGCCUGUUAAAAGGAAGGUUAAAGGGAUGGAAGUGGAAGUUCCUUCUAGUAGCACGUCCAUAGAUAAAUGGAAGGAAGUUAUUCAUGCAAGUAGCGCACCUAUUAAAAGAAAGGAUAAAGGGAAUGAAGUGGACAUUCCUUCAAGUAGCACGUCCGUUGAUAAACGGAAGGAAGUGGUCAUUCUUGCAAGUAGCAUGUCCUUGGGUAAACGGAAGAAAAUGGUCAUUCCUGCAAGUAGCACGCCCGUGGAUAAACGGAAGGAAGUGGUCAUUCCUGCAAGUAGCACGUCCAUUACAAGAAAGUAUAAACGGAAGGAAGUGGACAUUCCUUCAAGUAGCAUGUCCAUUUCAAGUGUCGUCUCUAGUACUAGAAAGAAAAGUGAUGGGGUUGAAGUUGUGAGUCCACUCAAGGCCAAGGCAUUCUCAGUCCCUUGUAAAAAGAAGCACCGUGCCGGGUCAUCUAAACAGGAUGUUGUGUACACGGAUCCCAUCCUGCAAGAUUAUCUAAAGAAACAAAACGCUUACUUUAAAAUGAUAGAUGAAUUUGAACUGUUAGAAGAGGAGGUUGAAUCCCUUAGUGAUAGCUAGAAAAGUGGUAAGGUGAUUGAUGAAUUUGAAUUGUCAAAGGAAGAGCUUAUAUUUUUGAUAGCGAGGAAAGUGGCAGAGAUGUAAGUAUAGCAGCUUGGAGAUUUUUUUUAGCGGGAGGUUGUAUAGUUGUGAUAUUGUUGUAUUUUUCACAAUGAAUUACUUAUUAGCUUAGUCUCACAUCUCUGACAAAAUAAGUAAAUGUAAGUUCUUAAUAGUUAAUAGUUUUGGUAAUUGGAAAGUGAAGUGAAAUUUGGUUAACACUUA